AAUACGCGAGCUGAUGAACGAUACCAAACACGAGACACACGGUACAUAAUACAAAUUUUUUUUUCUAUUGCUUAGUGUACCCAAAUUGAACAAUUUACUGCAAGCUACAGACCCCAAUAUUAUAUAUGUUCUUUCUAUGAAAAUCCGUUCGGCAGUGGUUCGUGAUGGAAGCCGCAGGACAAAGGCGCAAAUGGGAAUACUGCGCUAUUGCUCUGUGUUUCUCAUUGCUUUUGGGCUACGGACAACAGACUUCAGCUCAAAUCAGAUACUCUGUUCCAGAAGAAGUAAAUGAAGGAUUUACUCUGGGAAAUAUCGCAAAGGACUUAGGUCUUGAAGUAAGUAGCUUGGUUGAGCGACAGUUUCGUAUCGUUUCUGGAUCAAAGGAUGAGCUAUUUCGGAUAAACCUGGAAAAUGGCGUGUUGUUCGUUCACAAGAAAAUCGACAGAGAGUCUUUGUGUAUUACCGGUGGUAUCUGCAUGGUAAAUUUAAAAAUCGUCGUCGACAAUCCUUUGGAAAUACAUUAUGUAGAGGUAGAAAUAGUAGAUAUAAACGAUCACUCUCCUGUCUUCCCUGAAAAAGAGCAAAGCCUGAGAAUCAAUGAAAAUACGUUGCCCGGCGCUGAUUAUCAGUUACAGGCUGCCAGAGAUCCAGAUUUUGGGACGAAUUCGGUUAGGUUUUAUAAAUUAAGUCAUAGUGAUCAUUUUGAAAUUAAAGUUAGAGAGAGUGAUGAGGAUAAGCUGCCUUUUUUAGUUCUAAAGAAACCCAUUGAUCGGGAAGUUACAACGACAUAUAAGCUACUUUUGACAGCUGUUGACGGAGGGACUCCUCCGAGGUCGGGCAUUCUUAACAUUACUGUUACCGUUUUGGAUAUAAAUGAUAAUCGCCCUGCAUUUAGCCGAGAGACAUAUUCUGCAUCAUUGCCGGAAAAUUCCAUUACUGGCACGAUAGUAAUUCAAGUAAAUGCAACUGAUAUGGAUGAAGGUCCGAAUAGCGAUAUCGAAUACAGUUUUGCAGCAUUACAUGGCAAAGUGCACGAUGUCUUUGAGCUCGAUCAGAUCACAGGUGAAAUACGUGUAAAGGGGGAAGUGGAUUUCGAAGAUGCUGAUGUAUAUAAACUCGAUAUUCGGGCCUCGGAUAAGGGAUAUCCACCAAUGUCUGCAAACUGCAGAGUAAUUAUUAAGAUAAUUGAUUUAAAUGACAACAAACCAGAAAUCGAGAUUACGUCACUUUCCAAAAACCUUCCUGAAGAUUCAAAGCCAGGAACUGUUAUUUCUCUCAUCAGUGUGAGUGAUAAAGAUGCAGGAAUAAACGGGAAAGUAAUUUGUCAGUUAAACAAAAAUGUUCCCUUUGAGUUAAAGCCUUCCUUCAAAGACAACAUGUACUCUUUAGUAACAAAUAAUCGGUUAGAUAGAGAAACGAACUCGCAGUACGAAAUUACAAUAACAGCCUCUGAUUUGGGACAGCCGCCUUUGACCGCAUCGACCACCCUGAGCGUUCAAGUUUUCGAUGUGAAUGAUAAUGCACCGGAAUUUUUAAUGAAUCCGUUAGAGCUCUACUUAAUGGAAAAUAAUGCAGCAGGUUCGUCUAUAAUUUCUGUGAGCGCAUCUGAUAGAGAUACCGCUGAAAAUGCCGUGAUAUCAUAUAACAUAGUAAGAGGUAAUGGAACACAGAGUGAUAUGUCGUCUUUCUUAAAUAUAAAUUCAGAAACAGGCGUAAUCAGUGCGCUGAAAAGUUUUGACUUUGAAACUAUCAAAAAGUUUCAGUUCUACGUUCUCGCUACAGACUCUGGAUCUCCAUCUCUGAGCAGUAAUGUGACAGUGAACGUGUUUAUUCUGGAUCAGAACGACAACGUUCCAGUGAUCUUAUAUCCAGUGAGUGCUAAUGGUUCUGCUGAGGGUGUGGAGGAGAUUCCCCGCAAUGUGAACGCAGGUCAUUUGGUUACUAAAGUCAGAGCCUAUGACGCAGAUAUAGGAUACAACGGCUGGUUAUUAUUUUCACUACAGGAAGUAAGUGAUCACAGUCUGUUUGGUUUGGACCGCUAUACAGGACAGAUAAGAACCCUUCGCUCGUUCACAGAAACAGACGAGGCCCAGCAUAAACUGGUCAUACUGGUGAAAGACAAUGGGAACGUUUCUCUCUCAGCAACAGCGACUGUGAUUGUGAAAGUUGUGGAGCCCAAAGAGGCUUUUGCAGCUUCUGAUGUUACAAACGCAGUGAAAGAUGAGGAAGAAAACAACGUGACGUUUUAUUUGAUCAUCACGUUGGGCUCUGUGUCAGUGCUUUUUAUCAUCAGUAUCAUCGUGUUGAUUGUAAUGCAGUGCUCUAAAUCUUCAGACUAUUCGUCCAAGUAUUUACAAGAUGUGAAUUACGACGGGACUCUGUGUCACAGCAUUCAGUACAGAUCUGGAGACAAACGGUACAUGCUAGUUGGACCAAGAAUGAGUGUCGGUUCUACUCUAGCACCUGGCAGUAAUAGGAAUACUCUAGUGAUACCAGAUCGCAGGAGGAGAGAUUCUGGAGAGGUAAGAGCAUUCGAAGAAAUUAUUUUAUUUUUUCAUUCUGUAUCUGAGUUUUAG